AUGCCAGGGCCAGCCUCUUCCUCAGGGCAUGCCAAAAGAUCCAGGACUACUGAUGCACCACGGACCGGCAAGGAUGGAGUAAAGCGUCGUCGAUUCUCUAGGUCUGAAGGCCAGGCUGCAAAGAGCACGACAUCAGUUGCUUCGAAGAUGCCAGAUGCGAAAAAUAUAGUUCAAAAAAUUAUGUCAGUCAGAGAAGAGGCUUCGGCGCAUGGCCACGAUGAGCAGGGAAAGCCCCCGGUCAAGCAAUGGGUCUUAUCAAGCCCAGUAGCGGGGCAAUAUAGCAAUAUUGACCCGAUUAUGACCUCGAACGAAGAGCAUCUUCUUCUUGGGACAGAAACAGCAAUUCACGUUUAUUCGGUUGCAACUUCGCGGCGCAUUCGUACAUUACAAACGGAUCCUGCUGGACGAAUCGUCGGCUACAGGCUUUGUCCCGAGGACCCGCAACAUCUCUACAUUAUCACUUCCACAGGCACCGUGAGCAAAUGGGACUGGCUUUCAGGCGAUCAAAUUUUAUCUCGGGAUAUGGCAGCUGAGACGCUCCAUGCCGAAUUAUGCAUUCAUAAGUCGUCCACAAGCAAAAGUAGUAUGCUAUUUACCUCUCGAGAACGGAAGGUCGGCAAGAGAGAGAUUGCUAUCACACUCAUAUCCUGCGAGGAUGCAAACGAUACUAUCAUCCUUGAGACAGGCCACCGAAUAGACAAUUUCAAAGUAUUCGGAUCAGGCCAAGCAGUCAUCGCAUGGGCUGAUCAGCACCUCCUGCUCGGGACCAGGACUUUAGAACCGUCAGAUCCGUCAUCUCUUCGGUAUUCGUGGAGAGAAAUGCUUCUCCCCGUUUAUCCUACUUGUAUCGACAUUCAGGCAAGUGCGGCAUAUAAUCGAGUCAGAGCAGAUGAUGCUCAGACUCAAACCCUGGAGAAGAUGGAUCUUGUUUUGGGUGGCUCGGAUGGCUCCAUCCUGGUUUAUCAUGAUUUCCUCGCUUUUGUCCCCCAAGCCGCAAGUGACCAGGCUUACAGCAAGGCUCUAGCCCCCAGACGAUUGCACUGGCAUAGAGGACCCGUCAAUGUCGUUCGCUGGUCCUCCGAUGGAAACUACAUAAUUUCAGGUGGUGACGAGUCCGUUAUAGUGUUGUGGCAGUUGGAUACGGGAAGAAAACAGUUUCUCCCUCAUCUCUCUUCACCGAUCUGCAACCUAGUCGUUUCCGCAUCGGGUAAAUCAUAUAUUCUCAAGCUCGCUGACAACUGCGUCAUGUUAUUGUCUGCCACAGAGCUUCAACCGUAUGCCACGAUUACUGGACUGCAACUGUGUCCGAAGGUAUCUAGCCCAACUGUCGCAUCUUUGUCGCGAUCAUCUGUUUCCUUUGAGUCUCCUGCAGCUUUAUUGCAUCCACGGCAGCCAGAUCGACUAGUGGCUGCUGUCCCAGCUUACCGCCAAGUCUCACGGGAGUCCCAUUCUGUAGCUAACUCAUGCGUGCUACAAACUUUUGAUGUUCGCAACAGCAACCAGAUUCACCGACAGGCUCUCGCGCGCACUAAUGCCACGACGCUGAGAACCAGUCCGGAAGGUACAAAGAUAACCCCCCCAGAUGUGCGGCAUCUAGAUAUUUGCCAAACUGGGGACUGGAUGGCCACUGUUGAUGACUGGAUACCUCACCAGGAGGAUGCUAAAGCGAUUGGACAUGGCAUUGAUCAGUCGAGUAGCCGUGCUGACCACCGAGAGACGUUUCUCAAAUUUUGGAGGUGGGCGGAAUCUUCCAGUACGUGGGAGCUGGUCACACGUAUAGAUGCCCCCCAUUCAGUUAAUGGCGGCUCUGUUCCCAUUCUAGAUCUCGUGUCACGACCAUGCCAUGACGAAUUUGCAACACUGGGGGCCGAUGCGGUACUCCGCCUCUGGUGCCCUAUUCACAGACACCGCAGUGGAAUUGAAACCAAGCAUCCUGAGUUUCAAAUCCAGGCAUGGAAGUGCCGAGGCAUGAUCAAUCUGAAGGGCGAAAUCCCUGGCUUCGAGUUAGGGUCUGCAAAUGCAGCCUGUAUGGGGUUUUCUCAGGAUGGGUCAGUACUUGCAAUAUGCUUACAGUCUGAAUCUGGUCCGACUUCGGGUCUUGUUGCUUUGGUGGAUGUGCAAAACUGCAGGCUCCACUUCAGCAGAGUUGGGGUGUACGCGGACCGUCCCCGUGCAGCUCGGUUCUUAGGUCGCUACCUGGUUAUCCUUUCGAAGCAGUCGGUGUGCAUCUGGGACACAGUUGGCGAUGUGAUCAGAGCAGUCAAGUUGUCCACGGCUCUCGACGAAAUUUCUCUUCUUGCAGUGAGCCCAAAAUCACAAAAUUUUGCUGUGGUCGCCAAAUAUCCUGAACAACCGACUGGUGCUCAAAAUUGCCCCAAAUCUCAAUUCACUAUACGAAUCUAUGAUAUUCAGACUUUGGCGUUACUUUCAGAGCUGCCGUUAAACUACUCUCCGGUAUCUUUGCUAUCGGACCCGUUUUCCGACGACUACGUCGUUGUGGAUGUUGCGGCCAAUGUGCAACGAGCUUGUCGCCCAGAGAGAUCCUCUCAGCUUGCCAUCCAACCUGCCGAUGUGAUUUCAACAAGCCAUGGGCUAGGAAAUUUGUUUGACGCCCAGUUUCGCCACGCCAAACGCCAUAGUCGCCCCGAAGCGUCGACAAUUGCAGUGAAUGAUGACUCUUCAUUUCAGCGAUCAGACGGGCUGCCUGGGGUUUUCAACGAUGUCCCUCCGUUUGUCCUGCCGCCAGCUAGCAUUCUUUUCAAGAGUGUAGUGCAGGUCCUCGCAAGGAGCUGA